CCCACCGACGAUCCGAACAUCUUGGUUUGCGACAUCCCACCUUUGCCUCCAACGCUACGCUACGUCUUGCCUUCAAUUGCGCCUGGUCCAAGUACAUCCAACCCACGGCACAAUCGAUCUGAGAAGAUGCAGAUCGAUGAGACCUUCUUCUCAGUGCGCUUCAAGCACGGUGCGCACACCAUCUUGAUGUUCGUCGAUGGCCAACAGAAAUUCUCCGAAAUAACCACGUCACUGCUCGAGGUGCUCCGCGACCGCUUUCCCGACGGCCUUACAAUCAACCACACUUCCCCCGAGACGACCUCCGUUCCUGAAGGCGAUGUACAAUUGGCGUAUGCCCUGCCCAUCAAUGCUGCCGAUUUGACGCAAGGAUGGAAGAACAUCAAGGUUUCGGAUAACGAUACUCCAGUUGCAAAGGGUUUCAAGGACAAUUGCAUUGUGGCAUUCUCAUUCGACACUGACGAGCCCGAGUUCUUGGUCGAUAUCCCGACUCUGGAGGAGGAGAUGGAGGAUGAAGAGGGCAUGGGAUCUGACGCAUGAAGAUAUUUUGGGAUUUCAAGAACGAUGCAUGCAUGGCGUUGGGCAACGGGGUCACAACAUUGAAUCAUAUCUCUCAAAGGGAACGGCCUUUGACAGUCAUAUGACAACAUCUGGCUGCACAGGUGCACACCGAGUGAUAAAGCGAUGCCUUUCAUUACUUUGCACUUGGAAAUAGAAGAUUGAUGUCCAAGAUUUCAUGAGUAUGGCAACAACCUUCUUUUUAACUUCCAGACCUUAUUUAGCCACUUCAGACAGUCUAUGAUGGCUUCCUUGUCUGGAAAGACAUCAAGAUAGACAGCCUGGUCUCUAGUACUGUGGGCUGAUGUGAACCUGGAGGCUGACUGUGGCUUUUCGAUAUCCAAAGAACUGCCCUACAUUUAAUCGGCAUUUGCUGCAAGUGGUAGGAAGAUGUAUUCGUCGCAUCGAUUCACAUCGUAUCGAGGUGGGAGACCACAGUGAUGACAGUGACUGGAA